CUCUCUCUCUUUCUCUUUUUCUUGUAACGAAUCCCUUUUUUUAUUUCUCUUUUUUUCUUUCAUAAAAAAAAAGAUUUUUUAUACCCCAUAUUACAUUCAUUAACUAACAGGUCAUGGUUUUAAUACUAUGGUACCUUAUUUUUACUUUAUUCUGCUGCAAGUCCUUUGCGCAGGUACCCUCGAUUGAGCUAGAUUCAGUUGGAGGACAGUUGGGCUUUAUUGGUGAUUAUGCUGGCCUUUCAGUCUAUGAACAGCCCAACCAAUUCGAAACUUUGGACACGAAUGCUCUUGUAUUAGCUACUGGUGACAGCAAAACCUUAUUUCAGUUAUUCGCCAGUGUAAAUGGAUCUGUUCAGACAUCUUGUCAAUUAUCGGACACUCAAUUUAUAUUAGCUGGAAACUUUACUUCAAUCAAUACCACAACCUAUAACCAUAUUGCUCGAUUUGAUACCCAAACCCGACAAUUCUACGCAUUGCAGCAAGGCUUAGAUGGGCCCGUAACAUCUCUUCUGUGUAGCAAUACUAGUGCAGUCUAUGUGGGUGGUGAUUUUACAGCCCCCAUCAACACAAAUGCAUCACAAUAUUCUGGCCACAUUGCCUUAUGGAAUAACGAUCAAUGGUCACCUUUACCUUGGAAAGGAUUUAAUGGCCCUGUCUAUUCUAUUGUACAACAUGCGCAGUCUAUUGUGUUUGGUGGACGAUUUGAUGCCACAGGCGAUGGUGAAUUUUUCAAUCAAAACACAAGUCGCCCCAUCAAUUUGGUCUCAUCAGCAACUAUUUCUAGUGGAAAUGGUGCCAACUUUGGUAAUUACACAACUCCCUCUAGUGUGAUUUGUUCUCAGUCACCAUGGUUGCUUCAAGAUGGUGUCCCUGGCUAUUGGCAAGCUGAGUUUAUCUCUCCAUUUCAACCUUCUGUAUUUCGUAUAAAAAAUGCGCACGUUAGUGGUGAUAACACCAACAUAUUCAACAUCAUUUCAUUAGGUUCAAACCAGUAUUUUAAUCUAUCGUACACAGAUCCUAUCACUAAACAAACCUCAACUUGUUCGGAGCAAUGUUUCUUAUCAAAUGAUUCGUCCAUUGAAUACCAAGAUUUUACUGUCAUGCAGCCAGUAACAACAAAUGGUAUUCGAAUCAACAUCGAUACUUGGUAUGGAUCUGCUGGUGGUUUAGGCGGUGUCAGCAUAUUUAGAUCAGAUGUUACUCUUCAACCAGAAAUUACGAACAGCAACAAUGCAUCAAGUGGUGUUUGCGAUGCUUCUGUUGGUUCUUCUAGUGCUUCUAUUGCUACUACGACUGGUAACUGGACACAAAUCUAUUCUUAUAGUACCUAUCAAAAUUUUUUGGUUUCUACAAUACCUACAACCGAAUUACAGACAUCAGAUGCGUCUGUCACUUAUAAACCUUACAUUUCCGGCCAAGGAUUUUACGAUGUCUAUAUCACUACACCAGGUUGUGUAGGCACAAGUACUUGUAACCAACGCACACAAGCUCAGCUUACAAUUGAAAUGACACCAGGCAACGUGACAACAUACCUUUUGGACCAAAAUAUCGUGUCAGAUCAACAAGUCUUGAUUUAUUCAGGCACUGUUUCAGCCUCUACUUCUACAUUUCAACCUUCAGUGGUUAUGAAGAUUGCACCUAAUGCAACAACAUCUUCUACAGAAUCUAUUUCAUUAAUUGGCGAUUCUAUGGCAUUCAUCAGAAACACCACAGGAGCUUCGCUUUCCAGUCUUAUGGUUUACUAUCCUAUAAACAAUACAUGGACCGCACUUGCACAACAAUUGCCUUCUAAUGCUGUUGUGCAUGCAUUACAGUCCAAUGAUGCUACACUCUAUAUCGGUGGCUAUUUUAGCAUGAAUUCCACAUUUAGUAAUUUAGUAGCAUAUGAUUUUGCAUUAAGUGCAUUCCAACCUUUAGUGAGCAAUGGCUUGAAUGGCAAUGUCAGUGCUUUAUUGCUUGUUGAUUCCCAUCUUGUUAUAGGAGGUGCUUUUAACAAUACACUUGUUCCUCAACAAGAUGGCAAUUUGAAUCAUGUUGCUAUCUAUGAUAUUCAGACAAAUACAUGGUCUAGUAUGGAUCAGGGUGUUAAUGACAAGGUGGAUCAUUUGUAUAUGUUAGAUGAGAACAUUGUUCAUCUGUCUGGACCAUUUAAUGCUACUGGUAAUACAGUACUUUUCAACAAUGCUGAAUGGAAUUUGAGUGACAAGAAAUUUGAAACACCUUUGUCCUUUAUCUUGGGCCCAGUAAAUAAUCGACUCAAGAUUGAUUCCAACACUCAACUGUAUUUUGGUGACAUCAAGACGGCGCAAACAUACCGUGUAGAAGAUGCUAUCUCUCUAAGUUCUAACCAGUUUAGUUCCAUUACAGAAGCAGAUCCUUCCGCUCGCGUCAGUGUUGGUGUCUAUUGGAAAGACUCACUUGUAUUGGCUGGCUCAUUCCAUCUUAACAACACUGUCUAUUCUCUUGCUAUUUACAAUCAAGGAGCCUGGCAGGGAUUGCUUCAAGGUAUUCAAGGAGACAUCCGUGCUUUAUCUGUUGUUCAAAACACCCUUUUGAUCGGUGGUCAAUUUAGUGGUACCGUGGAUUCCAUCUCUCUUGCAAGCUUUGCUGCAUAUGAUCUGGAAAAACAGACUUUGUUGCCCACCAAUGGUAUAUUUACAAAUAAUCAGCAGCCUGGUCUGGUUAAAGUCAUUACUCCUUCAGGAGAUGGGAAAUCGAUUUAUGUUGCUGGUGAUUUUGCUUAUGCAGGUUUACUCGACUGCAACUCUAUCUGUAAGCUCUCGACAAACUCGCGUCAAUGGAACCAAGUAAAUCAAGGGAUUUCUGGCACUGUCAAUGACAUGUUGGUAGACGAUAAUGGCCUCCUUACGGUUGUAGGUGAUUUAACUGUAGGUCAAUCGAAAUCAAGUUUAGCUACUAUUGAUACUACUUCUUCAAGUGCCUCUUGGAAUGCAGCACCUAGUGACAAUCAAGUUACGCUCCCUACAUCCGUAGUGCAUCAAAGUGAUCAAACCUACCUUGUUUCAGGAACGUCGCAAAACACAUCCUACCUUAGUGUCUGGAACGGUCAAAACUUUACCACUAUCGCUAACAACCUUGGUGUUUCAAGCUCAAUUAACCAGUUGUUGUGGGCUCCCAUUUCUUCUUCCUCUGAUGCUUCUAUUGCACGCUAUCCAGCCAACUCUGAUACCAUGCUUUUGGCCGUGGGUCACUUACAAAUUCCUGAUUUUGGAAGCAGCAGUGCUGCCUUUUUUGAUGGUACCAAUUGGCAUCCUUAUCUCUUGACUGCCUCUACCAAUGGUUCUUCAGGUACCAUUGGCCGUGUAUUUACUGCUGUUCCAUGUUGUACCUCUGUUUCACAACAUCGUCGUUAUUUAUCUGUGCCUGCUGUUAUUUUGAUCUCCAUUGCCAUUUCACUAGCCAUUAUUUUUGUCUUGAUUGGCUGUGCAUUUAUCAUUUUGUUCUUUAAACGUCGUAAUACGGUCGUGGCUGCGUAUGAUCAAGAUCCCAUGAAAGCAUGGAAACCAAAGCAUAGACCUUCUAGUUUAUUGGCCAUGUUAGAUGCUGCCAAUUUGAGUGGCGAUGCCGGUCCUUCUAUUGGUGCUGCUGGUGCUGCUGGUGCUGCUGGUGCUGCUGGUGCUGCUGUUGGUGCAGGAGCUUAUAGCAAUAGAGAUACCAUGACUUCUGGCUACUCCACUGCUUUUGAAACACAUCGCGGUCACAGUAUGGACAUGGCUGAUGCAUCUACUGCAGGAGGUGGUGCAAGUCGUUUGAGAAACUCAAGUGGACUCUCCGGUAGUAUAGGCGUUCCUUUUAGUGUACUCUUAGCAAAUGCACUUAAGAGUGACAAUACCGGUGGAGCAGCUACUGAAGAAGCACCUAAAGUUUAUUACGCAAAGUAUCCAUUUGAAGCCAAAGAAUUUGGUGAAUUGGCUUUUGAUGCACAUGUACCUAUUGUUGUGACAGAUGCCACUGAUAAUGUAUGGUGGAUGGGAUACAAAGACGAUGGCUCGGGCAAUCCUGUCUCUGGUUUAUUCCCCAGUAACUAUGUCUCAAGAGCCAAACCUCCUCCUCCCAUUUAGAUUUAUUCAUACACCUAUACAUUUUCAUUCCUAUUCAUAACCCCUUAAUAUUACAAAAAGAUAGACUUGCUUCUAUAAUACUACUAUAUCUUAUUACACCGUUCUUAUUCUGUCUUAAGUAUCAUUAUAUAAUAAAAUUGCUAUUACAAAUAA